AUCCGUCGACGAUUGGCUGCAGGAGCUGCCCGUCUGCUCCAGACCCACCAAUUCCUGCCAGCAUCUGCGCCGAUUGUUCAGAGGGCUGCUAAUCGGAAUGCAGCCUGGACCCCUCCCAGGGCGCGCGCCGGGCGUUCGCGAGGCGGGGCUGUGGCGGCUGGAGCAGGCGGCGGCGACGCGUCCCGGCAGGACGGAGGCGCCGCCCUGCAGGAGCCGCCCGGCAUGGGUAGUGGAGUGAAGGAAGCCUCCGUGCGCCUGCGCGAGGACGCCGACGCCAUCCUGCCCUCCCCCAAGAGUGACCACCGGCAAGUGCUGAGCUCGCUGCUGUCCGGUGCCCUGGCCGGCGCGCUUGCCAAGACAGCGGUAGCCCCCCUGGACCGGACCAAGAUCAUCUUCCAAGUGUCUUCAAAAAGGUUCUCUGCCAAGGAGGCCUUCCGGCUGCUCUACUUCACCUACCUCAACGAGGGCUUCCUCAGCCUCUGGCGCGGGAACUCGGCCACCAUGGUGCGCGUGGUGCCCUACGCCGCGAUCCAGUUCAGCGCGCACGAGGAGUACAAGCGCAUCCUGGGCAGCUACUACGGCUUCCGCGGAGAGGCCCUGCCCCCGUGGCCUCGCCUCCUCGCGGGCGCACUGGCGGGAACCACGGCCGCUUCGCUCACCUACCCCCUGGACCUGGUCCGAGCCAGGAUGGCGGUGACCCCGAAGGAAAUGUACGGCAACAUCUUCCAUGUCUUUGCCCGCAUCUCGCGAGAAGAGGGGCUGAAGACCCUGUACCAUGGCUUCACACCCACCGUGCUGGGCGUUGUUCCGUACGCCGGGCUCAGCUUCUUCACCUACGAGACGCUGAAGAGCCUGCACCGAGAGUACGGUGGCGGCCGGCAGCCCUACCCCUUGGAGCGCAUGAUCUUCGGGGCCUGCGCGGGUCUCAUCGGCCAGUCGGCCUCGUACCCGCUGGACGUGGUGCGGCGGCGCAUGCAGACAGCCGGUGUCACGGGCCACACGCACGGCUCCAUCCUGAGCACGCUGCAAGCCAUCGUGCGCGAGGAGGGUGCGGUGCGCGGCCUCUACAAGGGACUGAGCAUGAACUGGCUCAAGGGCCCCAUCGCUGUGGGUAUCAGCUUCACCACCUUCGACCUCAUGCAGAUCCUGCUGCGGCACCUGCGGAGCUAGGGACCGCUCAGUGCUGGAGCCCGCAGCCCCAGGGCGGAGUGGCCCGGAGUGCCAAGUGGUGUUGAGCGCAUGCUGCCCGGGCACUGCCUCUCCCGGAGGUGUCGCCCUAGGCCCUGAGCCUGGGCUGGCACUGUGGCCUUUGAGAUGCUGCUGAUACUGGUGAGCCUGCACUGGGCGUGAAGCCUGCCUGUUCCUCCUCACCCUGACCCCGCGCGGGCCUGGCCGCCGGCCCCCCCAGGACAGCACAAGCCCCGCCCCGCCUGCCCCACCUUUGCAGCCUCUUCCCGGUGACAGCCCUGGUCCCCAAGCCUUCUCCCUGCUGAGAGCGGGGCCUCCUCAUGGUCUAGUUUGUCCCUCCCCAGGAGGGGACCUCAGUGGCACUGCUGCUCGGGUCUGACCCCCACCUGGGGUGCUGCAGAACCGAACCACCCGUGGGUCCCCCGGGCCCUGCUUGAGUGGGCUCCUGCCGCAACUCGGAGCAGCUUAAGGUUCCCAAGAGGCGGUUUGAGCCCCAUGAACGGAGGUCCCUGGUGGCCUUGACCAUCCUGGGGUGGGAGCCCCCCAGUAGUGGGGUGGGGAGCAUGUAACGUUCAGGGGGGCCCCAGCCAGCCCAUCCUGGGGAAGUCCCAGGCCCUUCAGGUACCACAAGGAGCCCUUUCCUAAGGACGUCUGACUCUGUUGGCUUUGGUUGUGACUUCGUGAGCCCUGGGUCUGGCCCCCAAGGCUGCUGGGUGCCAUCCUGCCCGGCCUGGGUGCCCUGGAAGGUCCUCGGAGCCAGGGGUCUGAGCAGUGGGCUGGUCCUGCGUGCACCUGCACCCAGACCUCCCUCCACAGUCCUGGGCCCUUCCUGGCUGCCCAGUGGCUGAGACCCCUUCAGUGCUGCUUGCAUGUGUCCACCGCUGCCUGUCUCAGCUCCAGCCUGUCCCGAGGGGCCCAGGCAGUGGGGUGUCACCCACUCCUGGCCCGGCCCAGACUGGCCGGGAGGGACAGGGUACCAUGGGCCGGGGACCGUGGCCCUGGAAGGUGAGGGUGCGGGAGCCGGGCCACCCCAGGCAGGUGACACCAGGCCGGUGGGCGGCAGUGCCCUGCCCUCCCUUGGGCCUCAGGGUGGGCAGGAGAGAGGAGCCCUGCAGGGUCCCCAGGACCUGCAGGCCCGUGUGCCUUCCUCAGGUGGCUCCCUGUGGCCACCCCUCCGCUGGUCACUGGGCCUGGUCUGGAGUUGUAUUUUGAUGCCAUGAAGACACUUUGUUUAUAUAUAAUGUUUAUAUUUUAAAGGUUUGUGCCAAGAGAGUAUAUUUAAUAAAAACCUAGAUGACUUCUCCUG